AGAGACCGAGACUGAAAGAGGACGGCAUAUGACUUACGACGAGGCUAAGAGGAAGAAGAGGGCUUGACAAUGGCGAGAUCGACAAGCAAGGAUGCCCAAGACCUAUUAAAUUCUCUACGAUCGGCUUAUGCCGCCACGCCUACCUCUCUAAAGAUCAUCGAUAUCUAUGUCAUUUUCGCUGUCUUCACUGCUCUGAUUCAGGUGGUUUACAUGGCUGUUGUUGGCUCAUUCCCAUUCAACUCUUUUCUUUCUGGAGUUCUUUCAUGUGUAGGCACUGCAGUCCUUGCAGUCUGUCUUCGUAUCCAAGUGAACGAAGAAAACAAGGAAUUUAAGGAUAUGCCACCGGAGCGUGCUUUUGCAGAUUUUGUUCUCUGCAACUUGGUGCUUCAUUUGGUCAUUAUGAAUUUCCUUGGAUGAUUAUGAGCUGUCAGUCUGUUGGAAUAGGUCUGAUGCCAUUGACCAGCAAUUUUCUUUGUUUAUGAAUUGAACUUUAUGAGGCCCUUUAUGUGUUAAAUGUGGAUUUGUGAUAGUGAGUUGUGCGAUAAUUCUUCAGUUCCCUGAAAUUUAUAUUGCUGCAUGUUUCAGUUAAACAGAAACCUUCCUUGCUUGAUUUUAUAUGCUAACUUCUUGUGCAA